AAAGGCGCGUGGAGGCUUGUUUUGACAGCCACCCGUAAGUAUCGCCUUACAGCGCAGUUCGAAUAGGUGACAUUGGUCUUGUCUGCUUCAAUUGGUUGACGCACAACCCAAGUGUCAGCCUCAACAAUUCUUCAACUUGACUGUACUGGCAUUCGCGACAUCUUCCUCAUACUGAUAGAUUCUGUCGAUGACUCUGGCGCUUGUUCCCCUUUCAAGAGCUGAAUGCUUUACAGUAUUGAUCCCUGGGCAUGAAAUCGAGCCUACCCAAGCUAGGAAUCCCAGUUGCUGUCCGCCCUUUACCACUCCGUCGUACCCUCUGACCACACCGGCAUUGCAGUCUUUUCCCCGUUGCGGUCCCUUUGAACAGGCAUAAGGAUGCGUCUGCUACAGAUCGAUGGACGAGGCGAAAUGACGUUGACGGACGAUCUGGAUAAUAUGACCCACCCAUAUGCCAUCCUGUCCCACAGUUGGGGCCCCGAUCAGAACGAAGUCAGCUUUAGUGAUUUGCGCAUUGGUUCUGGCAAGAACAAAGAUGGCCACAAAAAGAUAAUGUUUUGUGGCGAGCAGGCCCAAACCCACGGGUUGGAGUACUUUUGGGUUGAUACGUGCUGCAUCGACAAGUCUAAUAAUACUGAGCUGUCCGAGGCUAUCAAUUCGAUGUUCCGUUGGUACCGCAAUGCGGAGCGAUGCUAUGUCUGCCUUUCCGAUGUCUCGUUCUCCGGCGAGGAUGCACGAGGCGCCCAACGUGCAUGGGAGCCAGCUUUCCGAAGGAGCCGGUGGUUCAGGCGAGGCUGGACUCUGCAAGAACUCAUUGCGCCAGCAUCGGUGGAAUUCUUUUCGCGAGAGUGGGUGCGUUUGGGCGACAAAGGUUCACUGGAGGACCUGGUCCACGAGAUCACCGCAAUCCCUGUUGCCGUUUUGAGUGGUACCAUGCCUCUAACUGAUUUCAGCGUUGAUGAACGCUUUGGGUGGGCGGCUAAGCGCAAAACCAAGAAGAAAGAGGACAUGGCAUACUGCCUACUAGGCAUAUUCGAUGUGUCUAUGCCUUUGAUAUAUGGUGAGGAAGAUAAAGCAUUCGUUAGGCUAAAUAGGGAGAUCCAGAUAUCUGCUGUGGGUGAGUGAUGACC